AUUCAGUUUGUGAUCGGUUUCGAACAUCUUUUAAUUUUGAGUGAUUUCUUUUCCCGAGCUGUCCAAACGACCGGGUGAAUUUAUCUGGAUAUUUUUUCUUUUUUUUACGAUUUAAAAGUCGAGAAGGAAAUAAUAAAUGGGUGCAUGACCAGAGGUUUCAUCGUGAAAGAGGCUGUCUCUUCGAAAAAUACCAAAGCUUCUCCGCACUGUUGUCACCACAGAAAGUGUCGUGUUCGCAGGGACGCUUGCUCGGUGGCUGAAGAGUGGGGGAUGAGCCUGUUCGAGGGCGCGACGACGGCGCGGCCGCCCUCCGGUCGCCGGCUGGCGCGCCAGGAGGAGGCAAAAGAGUGGGGGAUGAGCCUGUUCGAGGGCGCGACGACGGCGCGGCCGCCCUCCGGUCGCCGGCUGGCGCGCCAGGAGGAGGCGCUGGCGCGCAGGCGCAACGCGGACGACGACCGCCUGCGCCACUGGGACGGCGUGCGCAGCUACUUCUGCGACUGGGACCGCCAGAUGGCCCAGUACAACAACUGGGCGUCGCCGCAGUACUACCAGGCCAGCCAGGAGCGGCUGCAGAAGGAGGCUGCGGAGAAGCAGCGGCGUGCGUGCCUGGAGCAGCGCAGGCAGCGCCUCCGCGAGCUGCUGGAGGCAGAGAAGCAGCAGCUGGAUGCGGAGCGUGCGGCGGCAGCCAGGGAGCGGGGGCGGGGCCGGGGGCGGCCGCCACUUCAGCUGCAGGAGGCAUCGAUGGCGGCGCUCGAGCUGCGCAGGCGCGAGGAUGCGGCACGUCUGCGCGAAGCCGAGCUGCGCCUCCACCACCAGUGGUGCCGCGGGCAGCCCGUGCUGAGGCAGUGGGAACGGCAGAAGCAGCAGCAGUUGGUGCAACGGGCGUGGGUGGAUCAAGUCAAGGAGCAGCAAGAGUUAAGAGCAAAGAGAGAGCAGGAGGAAAUGGAAGCAUUGCGUGAGCGAGAGGCUAAGCUUUUGGAAGAACAACGUAAGCAGGAGGAACUGAAAGAGCUGAAGAGAAAAAAGGCCGAGUUGCUACAGCAGCAGCUGAUGGAGCAGGUGGCUGUAAUAAAGGAGAAGGAGAAAGAAUCAGAAGCUUUAAAAAGGCAAGAAGCAGAAGCAAUAAGGAAGCAGGCAGAACUGGAAGAACUACGGCUGCAGAGAGAACGAACUCAAGACAAACUUCGAAAGCAACAACUGCAUGUAUUUCACCGACAGCAGUAUCAGCUUCAGCUACGUAAAAGAGCUCGUGAAGUAUUAGAACAAGUAGAGGAAGAUCUUAGAAUGUUGGAAAGGAUCAUUGCACUAGAACAAGAAGAGGCAGAGGAAGAAAAGAUCCAAAGAGCAGCGUUAAAAUUACAGAUGCUGAGAACACAACAUCAGUUAAAAAUGCAACGGGAAGAAGAGAAGAAAAGAAUUGCAGACAUGGAGUUAAUGUUUGAUGAAGAAGCGCGGUUGAUGUGGCAAAAGCAGGAUUCUCGUUGGAAAGCCGAAGAGCAAGCCAGAGAAGUGCUGAUGUUACAAGUCCUCCAGGCUGUGCAACAGCAGCUGGAAGAAAAGCUUCAACGCAAUCUGUCAGAACAACGUGCUCUAAUACUGGAGCGAGAAAAUAUUCUUGCUGAGGUGGAAGCAGCACAUCAGCAGCUUCAGGCAGAACGAGAGGAGCAGGGACUUGCCAAGAGAAAUCACAAACUGGAAAUUGAGAAACAACUAUUGCAAAAACAACUAGAUGACAUGGACCAACUCCAAAAGGAAAGAGAAGCUGCUGAACAAGAAAAACAAAAGAUAAUUGAAGAGGAAGAACGGAUCCUUGCUGAGAUGAGGCGCUUGGAAAAAGAAGCUUAUCUGUUACCAAAUCACCGUAGGAAGCGCAUUAUUUGGUGACAAGCUUAAUCAGUACCUGCUAGAAGAUUGCUGGUUGGUGCUUUAUUUGUUGUUACAACAUGAAUGUAAUUUGAUGAUUUUGUGUGUAAAAGUAUUGUAACAUAUGUUGUGCAUUGA